CCUUUUUGACAGCGAAAAAUAUAUAGAUUGUAAGGCAAAGGUUCGAACGUGGAAGGUACAACGGCUAGUUGGCACGAACGGUAACCCUCCCAACGGUCGGAAAUUCAAAAUUCCCCUGAUAUCAUGCCCCUUCCAUUUCCCCAACAUUUCUCACUCUGAAUUCUGAAGCCCCUCCGCCGCUUUCAGUUUCCUCCAUCGCUCUCUCUUCUUCGGCUAACUUCCAUUGGAGAUGCUGCAGGACAUGUGGAACGCUCCUCCCGGCUUCAGGCCUUCCAAAUCGGCCCCUUCUUCUCCGGCCAAGCCUCUCGCCGCCGUUUCCAGGCUCCGUUCCGAGUCCUUCCAUGUCACUCAUAAAGUUCCCGUCGGCGACACGCCCUAUGUUAGGGCAAAAAAUGUUCAGUUAGUGGAGAAGGAUCCGGAUAAGGCGAUUCCUCUCUUCUGGGCCGCCAUUAAUGCAGGGGACAGAGUCGACAGUGCCUUAAAGGACAUGGCGAUUGUGAUGAAACAGCAGAAUCGAGCCGAAGAGGCGAUCGAAGCGAUUAAAUCUUUGCGGAAUCGGUGCUCUGAUCAGGCGCAGGAGUCUCUGGAUAAUAUCCUUCUGGAUCUGUACAAGAGAUGUGGAAGAUUGGACGACCAGAUAACUCUUCUGAAGCAUAAAUUGUUCUUGAUUCAACAAGGUCUGGCUUUUAAUGGUAAGCGGACCAAAACGGCAAGAUCUCAAGGAAAGAAGUUUCAGGUCUCAGUUGAUCAAGAAGCGACUCGAUUACUGGGGAACUUGGGAUGGGCGCUGAUGCAGCAGAACAAUUAUGUUGAAGCAGAAGAUGCUUAUAGGAAGGCACUUUCAAUAGCCCCAGAUAACAACAAAAUGUGCAACCUCGGAAUCUGCUUGAUGAAACAAGGGAGAAUUUCCGAGGCCAAAGAAAAUCUGCGCAGAGUAAAGCCUGCAGUUGCAGAUGGGCCAAGAGGCACAGAUUCCCACCUCAAAGCUUAUGAAAGAGCACAACAGAUGCUCCGAGACCUUGAGUCUGAAAUGAUGAACAGGGGAGGUGACCGACUCGAACAGAGACGGCUCUUCGACGCCUUUCUCGGUUCUUCGUCGAUUUGGCAACCUCAGCCUUGCAAGGAUCACACAACCUUGCCAGUCACAAAUCCCACCAGGACAAUCCAAGAUGAUUUUGCUGAUGAGAACAUUGAUAUGAACUUGAUACCAAACCAGAUGGUUCCUCCUCCUCGACAACAUAAAUUUAUCAAACCAGUUCAAGCUCCUUUGGGGAAUUCAUUGAAUGUUGCUGCCCAACCAUUUUUUUCAUCAAAAUUUGUUACUGAACCAAUAACCAAAGUCCCUUUAGGAAACCAAUUUCCUGAAGGCCUGAAGAGAACAAGGUCUGGGAAUGCAGCCAAUUCAAUGAGAGUGAAUGACAUGGUGGAAAUAAAAAGGCCAUUUUUAGCAGCAGAAACAGGGAGGCCUGAAACUAAGACCAGAAAGCCAUCUCCUCCCAAUACCUCUGAGGAGACAAAAAAGUUGGCAGCAAUGUUGCCAGAUGACAAUGACUUUGAAGAGGCUAUUCUUGCUGCAGUUCUAGGCCCAACAAAUGAAGCACAGAAGAAAGCAAGCAAUGCCAGCGACACCGUCGCCGGUGGCGGAAUGCUUCAGAGGAAGAUUGAGAAAAAAAGGCUCAAGGUUUUUCAAGACAUUACACUCUCCUUGAGUCCCAGAGCCUAACUGUGUUCUAAUUUAACAAUUAAGUUUUUUUACCUUUCUAAUUUAAUUCCUAAUUUUUACAGUUCGGGCAGAGGAGAUGAACUUGUUCUCCUUUGCAGCAGCUUCUGCAACCAGUCUAGUCUCUACAUAAAGCUUAUUGUUCCCUACUUA